AUGGUUGCAAAGGAGAUCUUGAAUGUUCCAUUGGCUGAGGAUGUGGUAGUUAAUAGGCUGGUUUGGAAUGAAGAGAAUAAUGGUGAGUAUAGUGUCUGUACAGGCUAUGGACCUUUGAGGAACUUGCACGGUUAUCACUCUAAUUGUAAAGUUGUCGGUAAUUGGAGAAAUUUGUGGAACAUUAUGGCUCCGCCUAGAGUUAAACACCUUUUGUGGAGAAUUUGUAGAGGUUUGUCUUCUAUCAUUAAGCCUCGUUUACAAGCUUUUAGUGAUGCUAAAUCUCUUAUUCUCGAUAUCUGUAGUAGAGAAGAUAGGAAGAAUACAAGUCGAUUUUCUAUGAUGGUAGAGGUGAUUUGGAAGAACCGUAACAAUAUAGUAUGGAAUAAUGAAAGGGAGGGUCUCUCUAGAUUAGGCUUGCAAACCUAUUUUAAUUGGCAGGACUGGUUCGCAGCCCAGGAUAAUCAUGAAAGAAUUAAUGGCAAUCAAAUUUCUUUAGUGGGGUCUCCUCCUGUUGAAGGUUUGGUGAAAUGUAAUGUCGAUGCCGGCUUCAAUAGGCCUCACCGUUCUACUAACAGAGGGUUGUGUUUUCGCGAUAACAUGGGUAGAUUCAUUACUGCAGGAGUUGCUUGGGAUAUAGGUAGUAUGUCCUCAAGAGAAGCUGACGCUUUAGCAUUGAAAGAAGCUGUUCAACAUGCUGUUAUCUUGAAUUUGGAUCAUGUGAUAUUCGAAAGCGACUCUCAAGUGAUAAAUUAA